AAGCUAGAGUCUGUGCAGACUAAACUCAUGUCUGUGCGGUUCAGCGGCAGAGUCUUGCGCACGCUUGGAAAUCUCGCGACAUCUGCGCGCGCGGAGCACUAAAGCGCUGCUGUGUCAACACCCCGCGCGCACACAUCGCUCCUCAGCCUGCCGAGAAAUUCACUCUUCUGCGAUGAGAUUAUGAUGAAUGCAGUCUGGGCUGUCGAUAGUGUAAUGGAAUUGAGGUGAGAAUGGCACUUUAUCAGUCAAAAUCAACCAAAAUGGGAAAGUCGAGACUGUUCCGCAUUUUUAUGAUAGUGGGUGCCAUCUUCAUGAUCCUUCUUAUAAUCAUAUACUGGGAUGAUGUGGGGGCCUCAAAUUUUUACCUGCACACAACCAUCUCUGGAGCCCAUCCGUCACGACUCUCUCCACAGAGCCGUCGUGACCCAGAAAAGAAAGUAGAGGAAGACAAAGAGGGCUCGUUUUUGACGGACAUUGAUGCUUUUGUCAACCAGUUUUUAGAAGGAACCGCAGACCCCACGGAACAGGUGAGAGGAGAACCGCCCCCGGGAGACCCCCACAAUCAGUCCUCUGAGAAAGCAGAGGAGAAAUUUGUCCCGAGACGAGAGUGGAAGAUCCAUCUGACGCCAAUUGACCCUGAGAAAAAACAAAGGCAGGAGAGUAGAAAGCAGCUGAUCCAAGAUGUGUGCAGUAACAAAAGUUACUUUGACUUCCCCGGAAAGAACAGGACUUUUGACGACAUACCCAAUAAAGAGUUGGAUCACCUCAUCGUGGACGACAGGCAUGGGAUCAUUUACUGUUAUGUUCCCAAGGUGGCCUGCACAAACUGGAAGCGCAUCAUGAUCGUGCUGAGCGAGAGCCUGUUAUUGGACGGGCUGCCCUACCAAGACCCUCUAGAUGUUCCUCAGGAGCUCAUCCACAACAGUAGCCUGCACUUCACCUUCAAUAAGUUCUGGAAGCGUUAUGGAAAGUUCUCACGGCACCUCAUGAAAAUCAAGCUCAAGAAAUAUACCAAGUUUUUGUUCAUCAGGGAUCCCUUCGUGCGACUGAUCUCUGCCUAUCGCAACAAAUUCGAACAAGAGAACGAGGACUUCUACAAAAGAUUCGCAGUCAUCAUGUUGAGAAAAUACAGCAAUUACACGGAUCCACCGGCAUCGGUCGUGGACGCUUUCGCUGCUGGGAUUCGUCCGUCUUUCUCCAAUUUCGUUCAGUAUUUAUUGGAUCCUAACACUGAAAAAGAGAUGCCUUUCAACGAGCACUGGAGACAAAUGUACCGUCUUUGCCAUCCCUGCCAGAUAAAUUAUGAUUUCGUGGGGAAGCUGGAGACCUUGGAUGAGGACGCUGAGCAUUUGUUGCGGAUUCUUCGCGUUGACAAUGUCGUUGAAUUCCCCCGAAGUCAUCGCAACCAAACGGUCAGCAGUUGGGAGCAGGACUGGUUCGCCAGCAUACCGUUGGAGUCCAGAAAAGAGCUGUAUAGGCUAUAUGAAGCUGACUUUAAACUGUUUGGAUAUUCCAAACCAGAGAAGCUGGUACAUGAGUGAUACGCUUAUCGCCAACUUUACUGCGGUGAUGACAAGAUUUUCACAGCACAAGAAACAGGGCAAUAGGAGCUCCUGCUGCUUGGUUCUUAAUGUGCGGCUCUCUUACAUGAUGCUGUUUAUAAAGGCCCUUUCACAUGACCGGCGUCCAGAUGUUUGGCUAGUUCACAUGGUCCAGUAGGUAGAUACUCAUUGAAUCGUCUGCUUCCAAGAAGCAUCUUUCUCCAUUGACAGCUAAAAGUACGGCACCCACACAUGAAUGAAGAAUUUGUUUCCACAACUUAAUUUGUUCCCUCAUUUUAGUUAAAUUGUGGCCACUGAUCUAUAAUAGAAAAGUGAAAGUCAUGAAAGUGAAGCCGUGCGCCGCCAUAUUGCUAAUCCCUAGUAUUCCCAUACAUUCCAUUGAAUUAAUAGGAAAUCGUACGAAUUUAAUGAUAAAAACAUCACCUAAUAAGUUAGUGUUUUUAAAUUUGAAGUAUCUCUGUACACUCUUACAAUGCAAACACCAUAGGUAUGUAAACGGUUAUUUUUUUUCAAUGUCGAAAAUUUCCCUACUUAUUAAAAAGCUAUGUUUAUCACAGUAGCGAACAUCAUGAACAUGAUAAUCAUCAGACAUACACGACCUCAACAAAUAACAAAUAGCUCAUUCUGAAAUCUGAAGAAAGAUUUACGCUUUGUAUACACAUAUACCUUUAUUCGCCUUGUACAGUUAUUAAUUGUUUAUAUAUUUUUUUAAGUGUUUUUUUAUUCGUACAGUAGGUGCUAGCUGCAAAUGUUUCAACAAUAAUUUCAAUAACCCCAUACAUUUUGAAGCAGGUAAUUAUUUAAACGGUGGUUAAAUUAAUAAUUUUUUUAUCAUACAACAUUUUACAUGGUAACGGUAAUGCUAGUAAACAUUUGCGCAAUCAUGGAGAGUCUGAAAUAGAUCAAUCAGGACAUUAAAAAUAUACACAUCAUAAUUUAUUCA